AUGGCCAACAACCGCGUUCCCAUCAAUUAUCAAAUACCUUCUUUCCCGUCGCUCUAUGACCCUCUUCCGACGCAUCAUACGCUAGCCUAUUAUCUCUACUACACCCAGGACAUAUGGCGGUUCACUCUGUUCUGGACUUUGAUUUUUUAUGCGGCAACUCAUCUCACCGUGGCGGCUUGUGCCCUGGCGAUGCAAUGUCGGAGUUGGAGAAUAUGCCUAGCUGUGCCACUGGUCUAUAUUGUCAUUGGAGGGCUGGAGGCACUUCUUGCUGGGAGUAUCGUCGGCCUGGUCCUCGGUGCAGUUUACGAGUCCGGUAACUUCAGAAUGUCGACGUGGCUCCCUAUGAUAUGGGGUGGGGUCAACGUCAUGGUCCUUAUACUUUCCAGCUUUCCAAUGCAAGGUGGAUUAUAG